AUGUCCAAGGUCUUUGACCUGAUCGUGCUAGGAGGUGGUUCUGGUGGGUUAGAAGCGGCGUGGAAUGCCGCUACAGAGUACAAGAAAAAAGCGCUGGUGAUCAACACACAGACCUAUCACGGCCCACCGAACUUCUCAGCCCUUGGCGGCACGUGUGUGAACGUCGGUUGUGUUCCAAAAAAACUCAUGGUGACGGGAGCUGGUUAUAACGAUCACAUUCGAGAGGCCGCGGGGUUUGGCUGGAAAGUGGACAAGAACAGUCUCCAGCCUGACUGGAAUACGCUAAUUACCGAGAAAAACAAGGCCGUCAGGGACAUCAACGAGAGCUACCUGGGGAUGUUUAAAGACACCGAGCUGCUGAGCUUUCAGGAAGGCUUUGGCGUUCUAACAGACCCCCACACGGUAGUGGUGCACGAGACGCCCGACCUGAACAGCAAGGUGGUGGAGACCUACACUACCGAGUACAUCCUCCUCGCGACGGGGUCUUGGCCGCAGAGGCUUGGCAUCCCGGGCGAUGACCUUUGCAUCACGAGUAAUGAGGCCUUUUACCUCCCGGAAGCUCCUAAACGGGUGCUUUGCAUCGGCGGAGGCUACAUCUCACUCGAAUUCGCCGGCAUCUUUAACGGGUACAAGCCAAAGAAUGGGAAGGUGACGGUGUGCUACCGAGGUGAGUACAUCCUCCGAGGCUUCGACAUGACGCUUCGGAAGGCUCUGAUGGCGCAGAUGGAGGCCAACGGAAUUGAGAUCCUUACCAAGGAGAACCCCGCGCGGAUCACCCUCAAUGAAGACGGCUCCAAACAUGUCGUGUUCGAGAGUGGCAAGGAGGCAGACUAUGACGUGGUCUUUCAGGCCAUUGGGCGCCGACCGAUGACGGGCUCACUGAAGUUGGAGGAUGUCGGUGUGAAGCUCACGAAGAACGGUGCGGUGCAGGUGGACAAGCAUUCCAAGACAAAUCUUGAUAACAUCUAUGCAGUCGGAGACGUAACGGACCGGAUUAUGCUCACCCCAGUUGCGAUAAAAGAGUCUUUUAUGGUAAUCAACACCAUUUUUGGUGGAAGCUGUAAUAUUGUGGACCAUUCAAAUGUCGCCUGUGCGGUCUUUUCAAUCCCACCCAUCGGCAGCUGUGGCCUUAUUGAGGAAAAUGCGGCAGAGAAGUUCUCAACAGUGGCCGUGUACGAAUCUCAAUUCACCCCUCUCAUGCACAAAAUCAGUGGGUCAACCUACAAACAGUUUAUUGCACGUAUCGUUACAAACCACGAAACCGGACUUGUCCUAGGGGUGCAUCUACUCGGAGAAGGUAGCCCGGAGAUUAUCCAGGUUGUCGGGAUUUGUAUAAAAAUGAGGGCCAAGAUCAACGAUUUUUUCAACACAAUCUGCGUACAUCCAACCAGUGCUGAGGAAUUGUGCUCAAUGCGUACCCCAUCUUAUUUCUACGUUAAUGGUAAGCGUGUGGAGAAUUUGGAAAGCAACUUGUAA